CGAACAUCCUGCUCACCGGUACCCCGGGGGUUGGAAAAACCACACUAGGCAAAGAACUUGCAUCGAGAUCAGGAUUGAAAUACAUUAAUGUGGGUGAUUUAGCUCAAGAAGUCUGAUCAACAGAUAUCAUGGAGUCUGGCAAGAUGGCUUCUCCCAAGAGCAUGCCGAAAGAUGCACAGAUGAUGGCACAAAUCCUGAAGGAUAUGGGGAUUACAGAAUAUGAACCAAGAGUUAUAAAUCAGAUGUUGGAGUUUGCGUUCCGAUAUGUGACCACAAUCCUAGAUGAUGCAAAAAUUUAUUCAAGCCAUGCUAAGAAGGCUACUGUUGAUGCAGACGAUGUGCGGCUUGCCAUUCAGUGUCGUGCUGAUCAGUCUUUUACCUCUCCUCCCCCAAGAGAUUUUUUAUUGGAUAUUGCAAGGCAAAGAAAUCAAACUCCUUUGCCGUUAAUCAAGCCAUAUUCAGGCCCCAGGCUGCCACCUGAUAGAUAUUGCUUGACGGCUCCAAACUAUAGACUUAAGUCUUUACAAAAAAAGGCAUCAACUUCUGCGGGAAGAAUAACAGUUCCACGGUUAAGUGUUGGUUCUGUUACUAGCCGACCAAGUACUCCCACUCUUGGUACACCAACCCCACAAACCAUGUCAGUGUCAACUAAAGUAGGGACUCCCAUGUCCCUCACAGGGCAGAGGUUUACAGUACAGAUGCCCACAUCACAGUCCCCAACUGUAAAAGCAUCAAUUCCUGCCACAUCCGCAGUUCAGAAUGUUCUGAUUAAUCCAUCAUUAAUUGGGUCCAAAAACAUUCUUAUCACUACAAACAUGGUGUCAUCACAAAAUACUUCCAAUGAAUCAUCAAAUGCAUUGAAAAGAAAACGAGAAGAUGAUGAUGAUGACGAUGAUGAUGACGAUGAUGACUAUGAUAAUUUGUAAUCUAGCCUUGAUGCUGUAACCUGUAAACUUGGUCUUAAAUCCAUUGUACUGAGAUUAAACGUGCAUGCUGGGUAUUUUGAAGUUGUGUUGUAGAAAACUUAAAUGGUAUUUAAUGAGUAAAUAUAGUUAUCCUUUCCUA